AUGAGCCGCGCCAUCGCGAACGAUGGGUUGCUGCCGGGCAUGGAGGACGGUCGUUGGAGCUCCAACAAUCAGGACGUUGACCACAAGGAUGCGAUCCCAUUGCAUGAUGAGCUCGUGCUGGAUGACCCGGCCGAGUCGCCGCCUCCUUUGUACUCGAUCAAAGAGCCUCCCAAGUCGGCUGGUAGCAUUUACGACUUUCUCGAUCAAGUCGAGCUCAAAUCAGCCCACCAGCUCGAGAGCACGUCGUCCAACAUGAACUCGGCCAGCCCGUCGCACCUGCCGCCCCUAGUCCGCACGGACAUGUGGGAAGGCUCUCGAUUGUCGCCUCGCAGUGAGCGCGGCGCGGUUGCAUCGAUGCCGUCCAAGUCUUCCGCCAUCCGCCACAUCAGUGGCCCCUCCAGUUCGUCCACCACCAGUCGAAGCGACAAUCAGUUGUACGCCGACAUUCGUGAAAAAGUCGUCACGCUCAACAUUGAGUUGCACGACAAAACGGAAACGAUAGAGCUCCUCCACGCCGCUCGGAAAAAGGACAAGGCGAGGGCGAAGGAGAAAGCAAACCAGGCCGCGGCCGAAUUUCAGGCCAAGCUUGAAGAGCUCCAAGGUCGCCACGAAAAGGAGCUCGAGAAGCAGCUCGACUUUGCCCAGACGUUGGUCGCGGACAAGGGCGAGCUCGUACAAAAGUGCGACCAGUUGGCUGCUGAGUUGAAAAAGGCUGUCGAUCGAGCUCACCUGCAGGAAGAGGGGUUUCAGCGACAGCUCAAGGAUGCCAAGGAGCGGUGGAGCGUCCAGGAGAAAGUUCGCCGCGACCAAUGGAUGGCGAAGAAGACAGACGAGAUCAAGAAGAGCACGAUCAAAGCGCUUGAGCCCGACGUACAAGCGAUCAUGACCAAGUGCAAGGAAAACUUGGACAAGGCAAAAGAAGCAGCAGCAGACGAGAAGCGAAAGCUAGUCCUCGCCCACGAAAAGGAAAAGGACGAAGUCCUGCGGCGGCAGCGCGAAGAGUACGAGCGGAAACUCGUCGAAGCCCGUGAAAAAGAGCGCAGCAAACUCAUGUACCGACUCGACGCCGCGGAUGCCGAACUCCAGCAGCAACUAAAUCAGCAACGCCGGAGGUUGCAAGACGAAGCCGAAAAGUUGCGCACCGACCUCAUGCAUGACAUGCGCACGCUCAAGCAACAGCACGCGCGUGACUUGGACGAAAUGCGAGCAAUCGAACGCCAGCGCGUCGAGCAAGAGCUUGCAGCGCUGCAAAAGGACAAGGACGACAUGGCGCGCCGAUUUGAUCUUGACGCUGUAGCCUUCCGCGAAAAAGUCCAAAGCGAAAUGGAGACGAAGCAGCAGGCUGCGGUCGCGGCUGUCCGUGCAGAGAUCGAGAAAGACCGCGCCAAGUGGGAGGCCGACAUGAUCAAGCGUCGGGACGACAAGAUAGGGAUGGUCAUCGACAAAUUGCAACAAGAGACUGAAAAGAAGGUCGCGGCGGCCGAAGCGAAAUUGGCGGCUCAAUACGAUGCCGACAUGCGGGAAAUGGACAAGAAGCGGCGAGCGGCUGCCGAAGUCGAAGCCGCCUGGAUGGAGAAGAACCGCGAGCUCUAUGACAAGUGCGCCAAGCUCGAAGAUGCACGAGAGGCCGCCAUUGCUGCACACAGCCAACAGGCCGAGGCUCUUCGUGCAUGUGAGGAAAGGCUCGCGCGUUGUGUCCAAACGCUGCAAGAGGAGCGCGAGAUGCACGAUAAAGCGCGAUUCGAUGGCUCGAAAUACACCGAAACGCUUCGGCGCGAGUAUGACAUGGAGCGAGAUGCACUCCGGGGCGCCGUCGAGUCGCUACAGGCCAAGUUGGAGACGAUGGAGAAGAAUCACACGGCGUAUGUCGCCGAAAUGCGUGGCAAUCAUGACGACGUGAUCGAGAAGUUACACGCCCGCGUGCGAUCGACGGUCGCCAAGAAGGACGAUAUGAUCGAGACCUUGCGGGAAGAGCUCCACUUGGCUCAGGUCCGCGUGGCCAAAUGUGAAGCCAUCAUCAACGAGCAGCGCGCACAGCUCAUCGCUUGA